ACUCCUGUGGCCCCCGGGCUGGGCUGGGCUGUGCCAAAUUUCCGGGUGUUGUUUCCAAGGCCGUGGUCCCCUCCUGGCAGAGGGUCUGGCACUGUUCUGUCAGAGCCCUGGAGAUCCCAGUGGGUGGGAGCACCCCAGCAGGGCAGGGUUCGGGGGGUGCUGCGCUGCACGGGGGGGUCACUGGUCCCAUGUCCUCUUCUCCUGGAGGUGACGGAGCACGGGAAGGCGGCCAUGGGUGACCUCCGGCCUGGGGAUGUCAUUGUCACCAUCAAUGGGGAGAGCACGGCCGAGAUGCUCAACGUGGAGGCACAGAACAAGAUCAAGCAGAGCCCCGGGCAGCUCCGGCUGGAGGUGGAGAGGUCCCCGGUGCCAUCUCCCAGCCACACCAACGGGGACACCUCCCCUGAGAGGUUGGCCACACGCUUCCAGGACAUGCUGCAGAUGCAGAGUGAGAGCCAAGGUACCCUGAGAACCCUCGAUCCCGGCCUGGCAUCCCUCACCCACCCACCGGGCAGUGCCAGCUCACAA